AUGCAGAAUAGCGGCACCCGCAUCAACGAGCGCUCGCGACGGAAGCUCCCAGCGCCGGGUACGCCGGCCCGCUUGGUCGUCGAGGCGAAGAAGUCGGCCAGCGCAGCGGCGGCCUUCAUGCGACGCAUGACCGAAGCCGGGAAGAGGGGCAGGUGGCGCGACGUCGUUCCUGCUCUCGAGGAGAUGCGCAGUCUCGGCCUAGUCACCGACGGCCGCCCCUAUACGGUCGCCAUCAAGGCCCUCGGCGACAACGGCAAGACGGAGGAGGCCUUGAAGCUCCUUGAGAGCAUGCGCGAGGGAAGGAUCCCGCCAAACGAGUUUUCCUACACCGCGGCGGCCAGCGCCUGCGCGAAGACCGGAGACUGGAAGGGGGCGCUGAGGCUGCUGGGGCAGAUGAGGGAGAAGGACGGGCUGGAGCCUAACGAGUUCACCUACACAGCGGCGGUGACGGCCUGCGGCCGCGGCGGGAACCUCGAGGCGGCGUUGUCCCUGCUGGACGGCAUGAGGGGGAAGGGCGUCUCCCCGAACUGCUUCACCUACAACAGCGCCAUUCACGCCUGCGCUAGAAAGGGUAAGUGGAAGCUGGCGCUGGAGCUGAUUGAGAGGAUGAAGGCGGACGGGGUGACGCCGAAUCUCACGACGUACUCUAGCGCCGCAGACGCGUGUGCUAAGGGAGGCAAUUGCGUGGCUGCUCUCAAGAUACUGGAGGAAGUCCGCAGCCUCGAUUUUGAAGUCGGAGAGAUCUUGUACAAUUCGGUUAUGGAGGCAUGUGCCGCCGUGGGGCAGACCAAACUGUCGCUUUCACUUCUUGAGACGAUGCGGAAGGACGGUGUGAAGCCGAGUCCGGCGACGUACACGACGGCGAUAACUGCGUGCGGCCGAACCGCGGACUGGAAGCGAGCCCUGCUGCUGCUGGUGGAGAUGAGGAAGUCGUUCCCCUCCCGCGCUCUCGACGUCAACCGGACCGUGGCAGCGGCUGCGGCGGCGGCAGCAGCGGACCAGCGCGAAGGGGAAGUGGAGGUGAUGGGCACCCCCGGCGCAUCAAGACGGCGGGCCGGGAGAAGGCCACCACAGUUCGACACCUCAACAAGUGCGUCAACAGCACCAGUCGCAGCCACAACAACAAGAUCAGACCCACGACUAGCAGCAGGCGGGGGCAGGAGCAAUGCAGGGCACAGAAUAGGGGGGGGGGCGCAUGACGGCAGGAGUCGGGCCACCGCAGGCGGGGGGGGGGCGGGUGACGGGAAAUGGGGCAGGGCGGGGGGCACGGCCGGGCGAGUGGCCUUCCCGGACGGGAGGGGGGCGGCCUCCAACGCGGCCCUCACUUUGUGUGGCAAGGCUGGGAGGUGGGAUCCCCCCCGGGGCUUGCUCGAGGAGAUGCCGUCGUACGGGAUAAUGCCGGACGUGGUCUCGUACAACUCCGCCAUCUCGGCUUGCGGGUACCGUGCAAAGUGGGACAAGGCGGCUGGUCUGCUUGCGGAACUCUGGCUGGCCGGGUUGAAGCCAGACUGCUACAGCUACUCCUCAGCGAUCCACGCUUGUGCGGGAGCAAGCCGCUGGGAGGAGGCCAUGAGUCUGCUCAGGGAGAUGAAGGCAGUCGGGCUUGGUCCGAAUGUCGUGGCCUAUGGAGCGGCCAUGUCGGCGCUGGCCAACGGGAAGCAGUGGGAGGUGGCACUGGAGCUGCUUGACGAGGCAAAUCUGCUCUUUUGUUGCUGGUGUUGCUGUUUGUUUGUUUGGGAGAAGGUGUGUGCCCACCCGGAAGAUUCCGGGAUCCGACCCAACGCUGUCUUGUACGGAGCGGCCAUCCGAGCGUGCUCGGGUGCUGGCAAGUGGCGGGUCGGCUUGGAGUUGCUAGAGAACAUGCACACGGCGUCCGGAGUGACACCGUCGCUGGUGUGCUACAACGCCGCGCUGCACGGCAUGGCCUCCGCGGGGGAGGGCAAGAGGGCCAGGGACCUCAUAGAGACCAUGCAGAGGGGGCCGAGAAUUACGCGGCCCGACCACUACAGCUACAACUCGGCCAUCGCGGCGUGUGGUCCAGGAGGCGAGGUGGCAGAGGCACGGGCACUACUAGAGUGUAUGCGGCAGCGCGGUACCCCGCCGGACGUGUUUAGUUUCAACGGGGUGAUGCAGGCCAACGUUUGGGGUGGUGACUGGGCCGCCGCUCUGGAGCUUCUGGAAGAGAUGAAGAGCGAGGGCCUCAUGCCCGACGUUACCAGCUUCAACAUCGCGGUGCACGCGUGCGCCGUGGGGUGCCAAUGGCAGGCGGCGAUGGACCUGCUGGACGAGAUGGCGGAGGCAGGUCUGGCCAUGGACGCCUUCACCUACGCUCACGCCAUCGAAGCCUGUUGCAACGGGGGCAACCGGAUGACGGCCGUGGCGCUUGUGCGACAGCUGAGGGACAAGGGCAUGCCGCUGCGGAUGGCCACUUACACCGCCAUCACGGAGGCGUUUGGGCCGGACGCGCUGGCCUUGGUCGGUCAAACACCGCCGCCGCCGGAGGCAUUCUUGUACUGAUCGAUGCCUCCCCGGGGUGAUUGUUUGGAUACUGCUCGCUGUGUGAUGGUACCGUUUACGGUACGUGUUUCUCUUUUUUCAAAACGGGGUGCUCGUUCCAUCUGGUGGACAGACCUCAUGAAAACGGUUUUUGGUUGCCAGUUUUGCUGGAUGUGGGACGCUCUCCCUUUCGACGAGCUGGUGGUGGUGCGGGUUGAGGCCGGCUUGGCUACGGCGAGAACCUUCCCUUUUGCCCUUUGCUGGCCGCUGUGGUUUGA